CAUCAUGCCCUUUUGGGUGACGUCAUCGGAAAACAGUUUGAGGAUUCCGUCUGAGUUGGCACUUCCAACAUGGCCGAAUUCGCCUGCAUCUGCAUCAACCACAACUUGCAGAACUGAAAUCUGCCAUUGCAAAUUAAGCUGAAGACUUUGCUUUGUACAUCAAUACUGCCAACUCCAAGCUUGGAUCCAUGAAAAGACAAGAAAGAAGUCUGCCCAUAUCGGAUAAUGCAGUUAUCAACUUAUUCUAUUGAGCGAGACAAUUUAUACUUGAACACUGAGUGUGGAAUACACAAAAUAGUGCAGAACUUUUUGCUUUCACUUCUCAUAGUGUAAGGAAGCAAUUAGAAAAACUUCAGUCUUUCGCAUGCAUUGGGUGGUGUGAAGAAUUCGAAAGGAGCCUUUAGUGUGGACCUCUCGUCUUUUCUGGACCAACUUGAAGUGGAGGAUAUUGGUUUACCCUCAAAACUAUGUUUGCCAAGUUGAAGAAGAAGAUUGCAGAGGAGGAGGGGGUCCAGGAAGGGGAGCUCAAGCGCACCACCGGCCAACCUGGGGUGACCACCGGGAGGAGAGAGAGUCUGAGGAGGGCGGGGGAAUCGUCGUCAAGCCUCAACUCCUGGGGGAGCACGUCAAGCCUCAGUGGGGCAUCGGCUGCUGCUGCAGUUCCGAAACAGCCAAAUGAUGUAUUAAGCGCCAAACACGAGAGACUGCAAGGAGAGUUGGCAAAGAAAGACGAGACGAUACGAAAGCUGGAAUCCAAGCUGGACGAGUAUUCACUCCUGGUAAAAGAAGCUGUCAGGGAUAAAGAGAAAUCACAACUCCUUCUAGAAAAGCAUCAAGAUGAGGCCACCAAGAGAGUCCAGGAGAUUAAUGAAGAGUUUCAAGCUAGAAGAGCAAAGAUGGCGGAUAAACUCGGCCUGGCUAUCAAGAAGAAGGAAACGGAACUUCACGAUAAGAUGGCAGCUCUAGAAAGUGAAAAUGCAGACCUCCAGGAGAAGCUCAAGAAGGCGGAGAUGCAGAAGUUUUUGAAGAGAGAAGACAAUGAUGAACUACAAGGCUUCCAGAUACAAGAACUUGCCAAAGUCAAGCAUAUGUUUGUAAAUAGUCAGGAAGAGCUUCAUAAAUCCAAAGCCGAUCUAGACCACACCAGGGAAAAACUAGAAGAGAAGACAAGACAGCUAUCAACUAUCGAGAUUGAUCUACAAUGCGCCCAGAGCAGCUUAUCAAGUGUAACCAAAGAAAGGGAUGAUUUCUUAAAGGAGAAGACUGAACAGUCGAAUCUGAUUCGUAAACUCGGCAAGGAGAAGACGGCCUUGGAGGAGGCCAUGAAUAGCAUAUCAAAAGAGAGUCAAGAGACCUCUGCCCAGGUUGUUUUACUGCAAGAGAAAUUAGACCACCAAGACGAUGCCUACAACUUGCUCAAACACAACAGUGAAAUUCUUAGAAAUCAGGUAGAAUAUAGUGUCAUUGUGUAUGUAUUCAUGAUUGGUCAAAUUAACAAUUCAUAUAGAUUAACAAAUAUUUAUGUGUAA